AUGUGGUGUGCUGAGCGAGGGAGGGAGAACGUGGAGGGGAAUCAUCAUCAGGAAAUUCCCGGGGAAGUGGAACGAUGGGGCACAUUUGUUGGAAGAGCUGAAGGGAAUUUUUCCCAAUGCUGGGAACAGGGAGAAGCCUGCAGAAAUUGGCACAGAUCAGAGAGGCUUGUGGGAAACCACCCAAGGAAGAAACUGGUUGAAUCUAUUAAAUGUGGGGGAGGCGACAAGGAUCCCACAACCCAGCAGACAAUUCCCAAGGAAGAGACACCCUGUCACUGCCUGCAGUGUGGGAAAGGAUUCAUUGUGAGAUCACAGCUUGUUACACAUCAGACAAUCCAUACUGGAGAGAAACCCCUUCAAUGCUUGGACCAUGGGAAAAGCUUCAGUAAUCGCUCAGACCUGAAUAACCAUGGAAGACGCUACACUGGAGAGAGAGCCUCUCAAUGCCUCGAGUGCGGGAAAUGUUUCAUUUGGAAGUCAGAACUAAUAAGACAUCAGUUAAGCCACACAGGAGAGAGACCAUAUAAGUGCUUCGACUGUGGGAAAAGUUUCAUACAGAGGUCAGACCUUCUUAAACAUCAGGCAAUCCACACAGGAGAGAGACCCCAUAAGUGCUUAGACUGUGGGAAAAAUUUCAGACAGAGGUCACACCUUUUUAAUCAUCAGGCAUUCCACACAGGAGAGAGAUCCCAUAAGUGCUUGGACUGUGGGAAAAGGUUCAUACAGAGGUCAGACCUUCUUAAACAUCAGGCAAUCCACACAGGAGAGAGACCCCAUAAGUGCUUAGUCUGUGGAAAAAGUUUCGUAUGGAGGUCAGACCUUGUUAAACAUCAGAGAACCCACACAAGAGAGAGACCCCAUAAGUGCGUGGACUGUGGAAAAAGUUUCAUACAGAGGUCAGACCUUCUUAAACAUCAGAGAAUCCACACAGGAGAGAGACCCCACAAGUGUUUAAUCUGUGGUAAAGGUUUCAUAUGGAGGUCAGACCUUGUUAAACAUCAAAGAACCCACACAGGAGAGAGACCUCACAAGUGCUUGGACUGUGGGAAAAGUUACACACAGAGAUCACAUCUCAUUAAACAUGGGAGAAUCCACACAGGAUCUGAACUUCUGUGACACAGAGACAGAAAGUGUUAAGGAAAAUGCAUGUAAUUGACCUAGAUUCAACCUUUAGAGACAUGUUAGAAAAGUGUGUCCUCCUUAGAUAAACUAGAGCUUAGAGAGGUAAACGUGUAUUGUUAAAGACAUGGAAGAAGAUGGUAACUGUAGUGGUCUUUGUUUAGCUGUAUCUUGUUAGAGGUUAACAGUGGAAAUAAACGGUUCCUGUCUAGGGCUGUAUUCUGUGAAUUCAGAGAUCAAAAGGGAAUAUUAACAUUUAGAUAAAACUUGGUUGUAAUAAUGUCAUUGUUUGUCUCCUGAAAGUUUGUGGUAAACUCUGCUUUAUGGAGAAUCACCUCAUGUUAAUCCAUGUAAUUAAUUACCAGUGAUGUUUAGGAAAUAGAAGGUUACUUCAAAGGCCUGUUGUUUAGCCAAGGACUGUGUGCUGUCGAGACACUGCAAAAAUUAUUCUUUCUUCUCUGAUCUGCCGAAGCGUUAUUCGGGGUUGGAGUGUGAGUCGGAAGAUGGAGAUCUCCAGUCCCCUCUGGACCGCCUGACAUUGAAAUGUGAACAUUGGACUAGAACGUGAUGAAAUGUUUCUGUAAAGGACCCUUUGCCAUUCUAAAGCAUCAUCUCUACAGUGAAACUGACCUAAGGACUGGCUUGGUGAAUCUAAGUAUUGGAAUAUCCACCAGUUUUGAGGAUUGUCGGCCCAUUCUUUGCAGUUUGCCCUAAUUGAGCAAUCUCAGUGUGGCCCCUCAGGACCCUGGUCACAACUUCUGAAAUGCCUUGUGUGUGGAGCAAUUUUCAUUCAGCCAUUGUGGCUCCUUAGCCCCUAUGGACGGGGGGAAUGCCCUGUGACUACCCUCCCCCACGGGACCCCCAGUUUCCCCAGUCCUUGGGGGUGGGGGGAUUCCCCCAUCGCUCUGACUCCAGCUGCUGCUGAUGGGGGGGAAUGCCCUGCAUUUCCCCAGCCUCCACGGGGUCAGUCCCCAGGGCUCCCUAGCCCACAAUGUGGGGGGGGGAGGGUUCCCUGCGGCUCCGCAGCUGCUUCAGCUGGUGGGGAAACACCCCCGCAGCUUGCAAGCCACCACCAACGGAGGGGUGGCAUUCCGCCAAUGGUCCCCAAUUCUCGCGGCCCCACGGCUUCCCACUCUUCCCUGGUGCUGGGGAAUGCCCCGUGGUUCCCCACUACCCACAGGUGUUGUGGGAUCCCCCUCAGUUCUCCAGUGCCCAUGCGUGCCUGGGACCUCUGGUGUUCCCAAGGACCCGCUGAUGUGAGGCAAAUACCGAGCAGCUCCCCAGGGGCCGGGAGCAUUGGGGAACUUCCCCAGGGGCAGGGAAGAAACAGGUCCCCAGCCCCCUCCCCCCGUGCUUUUGGGAAUUCCCUGUGGCUCCCCAGGCCCUGUGAAUGGGGGUGAAUCCCCCCUAAACCUCCCCAGAGGCCAGGAGGUCGGGAAUUCCCCUCGGGAAUCCGCCCCCAGCGCAAGGUGCAGGGAGGAGAUCCUUUGAAGCUCCCUAAUCCUCCCUUGUGUGGGGGAAUCCAGUCUCCACAGGCAUUGGGGAUCCCCCCUUGGCUCUGCACUCCCCCUUGUCGUGAGUGGGGGGGAUACCCCGCAGCUCUGCAGUCCCCAUGAUUCAGGGGGACCCUGGGAGCUCCCUGGCCACUGCAGGCACCUGGGCAACCCCUGCAGCUCCCAGCCUAGGUAGGAAUCCCCCAGAGUUCCCCAGUCCCCGGGCGGGGGGAAUCCCCCUGACUGCCCAGUGCCUGUAAGUGGGGGGGGACCCCUGGAGCUCUGGGCAUGGGGGAAUGCCCCGUGGCUCCCCAGCCAUCACUGGCAGAGGAAUUCUGCAGCUCCCCAGUCUGCACGGGAUUUCCCGGAGCUCCCCAGGGUGGGCCCAUGGAGCUCGCUAGGCACCACAGGUGGCAGGGUAACCCCCGCAGCUCCCCAGCCUGGGGGGAAUUCCCGCAGAUCCCCAGCCCCAGCAGAUGGGAGAUCCCCCACAGUUCCCCAGUUACUGCCAGUGUGGGGGAGCCCCAAGCUCUUCAGUCCCCCUGGUGCUACCUAGCCCUUGCAGGCAACAGGGUAACCCCCACAGCACCCCAGCCUAGGGGAAGAAAUCCCCCAGAGCUCCACAGUUCUCCAGAGGUUGGGGAUCUCCCACAGCUCACCCUGCUGUAAACAUCUGUUCUCACUUUCAGGUGACAUUGUAAAUAAUAAGUGGGCAGCAUUAUCUCCCAUAAAUAUAAACCAACUUGUUUCUCCAAGUGAUUGCCUGAACAAGAAGUAGGACUGAGUGGACUUGUCGGCUCUAAAGUUGUACAUUGUUUUGUUUUUCAGCACAGUUAUGUAAUAACAAAAAAAUCUACAUUUGUAAGUUGCACUUCCUUCUUAAAGAGAUCGCACAACGGUCCUUCUAUGAGGGGAACUGAAAAAUACUAUUUCUUUUAUCAUUUUUACAGUUCAAAUAUUUGUAAUAAAAAUAAUAUAAAGUGAACACUGUACACUUCGUAUUUUGCUUUUUAAUUGAAAUCGAUAUAUUUGAAAAUGUAGAACAAUAUCCAAAAAUAUUUAAUGAAUGUCAAUUGAUAUUCUAUUUUUAAC